AUGUCGUCCAGGCGAGAUAACGAUGAUUCUAUCGGACAGAAUGGAGAGCCGCAGAGUCAACGUUACGAGGAAGAGGAUGUCAUCGACGAGCUGUUCAACAAUGAGAAUGAGGACGUGGAAGAUGAAGAAGGGGAAAACUUGUUUGGAGAUGACAUGGAAAGGGAUUAUCGGGCACAACCUGAACUUGACAUUUAUUCCGAGUCUGGUAUGGACGAUGCCUCGGAUAUAGAUGAAUUAUCGAUAAGUGGAAGGCUAGCCGCUGAAAGAGAAAUGGCACAAAGGGAUCAGAUCCUUGAUGACGAUGCGCUGUUCUACGAAGAAGGCGACGAGGAGCAGAGAAGGCGAAGGAGACGUCGAGUCGCGGCAGAGGAAAGGACUGGAGAAGAUCAGGAUAUGGCGGAGGAAGUUCCCAUCGAUAUCCUGGAAAAUUUGAGGGGCCGAUCAACGAAAGAUCACGUUUCUGAUGAGGCUGUGGCGAGGGAGAUAGAAAGAAGAUUCAAGAACUUCCUCCGCGCAUUCAAAGACCCGGUCACUCGGAAAGCUAAGUACUUGAAGGCUAUGAGUCAAAUGGCCUCCGAGAAUAAGGAGUCAUUGGAAGUCGAUUUUCGUGAUCUAGCAGAUGACAGUGGAGAACCUAACAUUUGCUAUUUCUUACCGGAAGCUCCAGUUCAGGUAUUGAGGAUUCUAGACAAAGCUGCGACGGAUGUUGUUCUAACAAUAUAUCCUUACUAUGGACGCGUAUGUUCGGAAAUAAAGGUUCGUAUAUCUAAUUUGCCAGUUGAAGAGGACAUUCGCAUGCUUACUCGUCAAAUCCACGCUUAA